UUUGCCAUUAAUAAACUUAAAUUAAUCAUACUGUCAAAAUGUCUAUGACGGUAAGCGCCAAUUAUGUAUCAGAGAAGAUAUCUCAAAUCCGUUGGCUGCCAGAGAAGCUGACGCAGAGCGAACGCUUUGUGACUGGCACAUGGGACAUGGAUACAAAUUUUGUGCGCGUCUGGCGCUUCCAUGAGAAUACAUAUGCAGAUAGUGUGGAGCACACACCACGAUGCAACGACAAGGUGGCCAUGGAGGCCGAUGUCACAGGCAUAGAGUUUGUCAAUGAUGAUACUUUUGUAGUGGGCUGUGGCGAUGGUCGUGUUAGCUUAUUUAAAGUGCACAGAGCCGUCGAGGAAGAUCAAAUCCGACGAACAGAGCACAGCGAACGUAUACACGCUUUCAAAUAUAGUCCAGCAAAUGCUCCCUGCACGGCAAUUUCGAUAUACGGCACGGACAUCGCGACCGUGGGCGAGGAUGGACGCCUCAACGUGCUGAGUGCCAACGAUUUGAAGCAGGUGAAGCGCACCAUUGAGGCGGACAGCAUGAGCUUACUGGCCGUCUCCUUCGUCAACCAGAAUCAGGUUGUGACGUCCAAUCGAAUGGGCGUCAUUCGCUUGUUCGAUGUGCGAAGCGCGGGCGAUGGGCAACCACAAUACUCAUUUAUGGCCGCCAGCCAGGAUGAGAAAAGCUCGAACUUUGUCUCGUCCAUAGUCACGCAUCCCAUGCAACAGCACGUACUCAUUUGCGGCACUGAGGAGGGCUCACUUACAGUCUGGGAUCUGCGGCAACUGGAAUAUCCAGCUUCCUACUUGAGUACCCAUAAGUCGGCCAUUACGGCCAUUGGAUUUCAUCGUCAAGAUCCCUCUAAGCUGUUCACUGCAGCGGAGGAAGGUGCAGUGUGGAUGUGGUCGGACAAGAAGCUUAUCGAUGCCAGCCAGACUGAUAGCAGCAGUGCCUGGCUAGCCGGCGACCGAUUGACCUCCCUGAUCAAUGUCGAUGGCAUCCUGACCAACAUACGCAAAGCGGUCAAUUCAUUCGAUGUCCAUGGCUCCAGAAUGAUCUGUGGCACCGACUCAGAAACCGUUUAUCUUAUCUACGAUGUUUAAGGAUGCCCCGAUUUCUAUUCCAGUUCAAAUACACUUUUACUAUUUUUUAUUAAAA